AUGAGUACUGAUAAUUGGAACAUGCUAUAUAUGUACAAUAUUGAUGAUAUAGGAGACUUACCCCGAGGGGGAACAAACGGGGGAGUUCCUCACAUCAGAUCAGCUGAAUUCCGGGGGAGUGAAAAGUCGUUUGGCCACACAGACGCGAUGGUAUAUCAGGGUAAGAUCAAUCAAGGCACUCAAAAGGCAAAAGCUACAGUUGAGGUGAAAAACCAAAACAGGAAAGAAGACACAAGGGUAUUACAAACCAAUAGUGGAGGGAAAAAAAAAGAAGUUGUUCAAAUGUACGCACUGGAUGACCAACCCAAGUCAAAAUAUUUAUCCUCCAAACUUGAGUACAUCGAAAGUGUAGUUCAUCCUGAUAAUGCCGCUCUGCGAGUAAAUUCAACGCAUCAGAAAAUUGGCCAUAAUGACCAACUGUACACACUAACGAAUGAAGAGUUGAAGCUCUUCCUAAAAAAAAGUCCACCAUGGGGGAGGCCAAUCAGCAGGGAGCGGCACGACAGCCCGUCAGACGGUACCUUUUGCGAAACAAGGUCGGAAGAAAUAUGCCUUGUAAAAGGUGUAACCCGUUUGGGGCCCAUUCGUGGACGUAAUGGAUCCUUCCAUGUGCCACUUCCGCAUGAGGAGGAGGAGAAGAAGAAGAAUAAGAAGAAAAAAAAAAAAUUGUUCGUAAAGGGAAAUCCAAAUGGACCCCCCUCGUACGCAUCACACGAACAGGUACAGGUUACGCCCGGUAGCCACUUUGAAGCGAUGGAUGAAGCGGCGCGACAGCAAAGACAUAUGGGGGGAGCACUACCCCAUGUUGAUUAUAACAAGGUGAACGGAGGAACCAGGGAGAAAUAUUCAUGGGGUGUAAAUUGCAAAAGUGUCUACGCACAUGGGUCGGAAAAAUGGGUAGGUCGAAGCAGUCCCAUGGUGGGUCAUCCCAAAGUACUCCAAAAUUUCUCCCACGGGACUGCUAACCCCUUUAGUUAUGAAAGUGAAGACGUCGGUGAGGAGGAGACACCCCGAGUGGCAUCACCACUCCGAAUGGCAUCACCACCCCGCGCAGAUGAACCACAUGUGGGUGUGGCGCGGGAAGCACUAUCGACAAAUAAGCGGCAUGGCAAUUCUUCAUCUAUUAAAAAUUCACCAAGUGGAAGCACCGAUAGGGGAGACAACAGGGGUAAUCGGGAGAUCGGUAAAAACGGAGCAGCGGGGGAACAUCACAUUGGGCAGAGCUGUUUGGAGGUGCCGACGAACGCGGAACAUAUCAAAGAAUUAAAUAACCCGUUCGAGGGUUCGAGUGGCACAGUGUUUAGCGCACAUCAUUCAUUUUUGUCAUCGAGGGCGCAGGAGAAGAAGUGUUACAAUGAUGCGAGUGGUGAUCGCGUGGUGGUUAAUUCUUUGGAGGGCCAUAAAAAUGGGCAGUUGCGCGGCUACCCGGGAAAUUUGACCGUUGGGAGGAAACAGGAAAUGAAAAAGGGAGUGAAAAACAAAGCGAAAGGGGGCGCGAAAAAAGGGGAAGUGAGAAAAAUGGAGGAAAAAAAAAUGAGGUGUGAAAUUACCCGUAGUGCACUAGAAGUGAAAAUUACCCCUUUUGCCCAGGCGAGUGGUGGCGGUGUGAAUUCCUCGACGGUUUCGGUCGCGGAGUGUAGGGCGCGCGCAGUGUGCGUCGCCAGGGUUGGAAGCGGAAAAAGCAGAGAAAGUGGAGAAAACGAAGAAAGCGGAGAAAGCGAAGAAAGCGCAGGAAUUGUCACAUUUAACUCAUUUGGCGAAGUGAGCGGCCAGAUUACUGGUGUGACGGUCAGGGAACCCGCUCAGCCCAGCAACUGCCGCGGCACCGCAAGUGCUACCCCCUCGGGUCGCAGUGAUGCGCAAAAAAAGUGUCGCCACGGGGGGGGCCUUACCGCGCGGGGUGUCGUUUCAAUUUGUAGUAAGGGCAGUCGGUGCGGUGGAAAAAUGGGCAAUAAACGGGAAGUUCUCAGGGGGGGCAGUGGCACCAGUGAUAGUAGCGACCGCCUUGACCGCGCUAAUGGCACUGACCGCAGCAGCCGCUCUAACCGCUCCAACCGCUCCAACCGCUCCAACCGCUCCAACCGCAGUGGUGACGACACCCGAAGCAGUCGCGGCAACCCUUUCACGAGCAAAUCGUGUUCAAAUGUCGAGGAAAAUCGGGGGGCACGCCACCCUGAGAUAGCAGAAGAAUUUUUUUUCUCGCACCUCGGUCGUAGGAUUAACAGCAACAGUUCGUUUAACAUGCUGGCAAAUUCUUCCAACUGGAGGGACUUGCGAAAUGGAGAAAGUGAAGUAAACCGCUGCGAUGAAGUGAUUUUACGUUGUAGCGAACGGAUAGGCUGCAUGGCGGAUGGCGAUGGGAAGAGCAGGGUCCCCCCGGGUAAGCGGCGUAAUGAAAAGUACGCACCGCGUUGUGCAGAUGAUUACAGGGGAGGCAACACCGGUGAUGUUCCUGGGGAGGGCCCCAGUCGCGAGCGAGUGAAGCUCCCGAGUAAUGACGAAGACGCACUAAACAGCUUCGACGUGACGUCGGAGUGCGGCAGCCUCGGAUUGGGGGAGGAUCAGCAGCAGGAUCAGCAGCAGGAUCAGCAGCAGGAUCAGCAGCAGGAGCGGCAGGCCUGCUCGAGCAACGACACCCUAGUGAAGGACAUCGAAGAGUUUAAAAUGGACAAACUUUUUUUUGAAGAAAUUUACACAUACAGGGUAAACGAAAGGAGCGACGAGGGUGCAGGCAUGUCAAGCAGCGGUAUGGGUAGUGGGGGUGCGCCCGGCGGUGUGAUCCCCCCCGGGAGGAACCCCUUCGAGCGCCGCCUCGGAGAAGCGCCCAGAAACGUACUCUGCGACGAAGCCCUGCGAGGGGCAGAUUUGACCAAAAUGGUGCUAAACAAAAGAUGCUACGAACACAUAAAUGAUGAGGUAAAAAAUUUGAUGAAGGAGGAGGAAGAAUACCAAGUGGAGAUGAACGUAGGGUUGAUGUUCCGGAAAUAUAUUUCCAUUGUGGUCACUCUGGCCUGUAACUACCUGCUGAUUAAGCUGAAUGAUAAAAAUAUAAUAACGUGCAUCCCGUAUGACAACAUUUUAAAUGUGAGCAUAGUUAAGAGGAGCAAGAAGAAGAAGGACAGAUACGUAUUCAAAUUGGUAUACAUUUUUAAGAAAAAAGAUCGCUACGAAAAGAACGUCACUUUGUUAUUCCGAUCGAGCGAUAUGGAAGUGUUUGAACAGAUUGGCAACAAAGUAGAACCCAUUUGGAAAGGGAACCAAGUUAGAUGUAAGGAGUAUCUAACCAUAGAAUCGGUUCACACCUACAUGGUAGAGAAACAAAAAAUGGUUUACCUACUCUAUUUGAAGCAUCUCCUUCAGAUAGUCGAUAGGGUGUGUAGACGGCACGUUUUGAAACAUGCCUUUAUUGAAUUGCAAAUAAAAUGUUAUUACGAAAAGGGACUUGAACAAGAAAAAAAGAAACAAGAAAAGAUACUGAAAAAUGUGGUAGAUAAAUUACAAUUCUAUGUUAGAAAAAAAAUGCAAAAUUAUUUUAACUUUUUAAUGAUAAAAAGUUAUGAAACAAAUUUUGUAACUUAUCAAGUGAAGACAAAUAAUAUGUUAUUCAAUUUACUCGUUAAGGAAAAAAGUAGCUACCAAGAAAUUGUAGAUCGGCAAAGUCUCCUCCUUCUCUUUCAUUCCUUGUCUAACUUGUACAAAAGAAAAAUGAGUAGUUACUUCCAGCUGUUUUUACAUAAUAAUAGAACCCUAAGUCGGAGGAAGAAUGCUGUAUGUUAUUCACUCACUCGUGUAAAUAGCAUUUUGGCAAACUACGAACGAAGGGUAAAGGGGUACGUGUUGUCCAAGUUAAAAUUCCACUAUGAUUAUGUAACUUAUUUUGUUUUCACGAUGUAUAAGGUGUACCUUCGAAGAGUAUUCCUCGGUUACAUUCGCUUGCGGGAUAAUCGAAUCGGCAAGAAGAUUUUCCUUGAGAAGAAUGUCUUUCGGAUAAUAAAAGUCAUUUGUAGGAUGGUCCAACGUCAGAAGUAUUACGCCUUUUUGCAAAUACAGAAAAAUUUUUUUCAUCAAAUGGAGAGGAAGAACAAACUGGCCUGCGACAAUUUAAUGUAUGCUAAUAAUGAGCUGUGUCAGCACUUGGACAAAGCGACGUUGGAAAAGGGGAUCCACAGGGCAGAGUGCUUUUUCAAGUUUAAGAUGAAGGAGUAUUUGCUAAAGUAUUUUUUCCUAUUGAGGGGUCCACAGGUAGGAAAUAUAGUGCAGGGGAGUACCCCCGUUUUGAAACACUGUGGGGUGUUUUCCUUCAUUUUGAAUAAACUGAUGCAGAGAAAAAUGCAGGACUGGUUCUUCUUCUUCGUGUUGAAGUCGUAUCAACAUAACAAUAGGAGUAGGCUCCUGUACGCGACAAACAGUUUGGAAGUGCUGCUAACCAGCAAGGAACAGUCCAACGUCAUGCACCUGCUGCGGAUGAACGAGGCUUAUCCUCGUCUCUUUCACUAUAGACACUUGACGAAGAUCGAAAUUUUCACCCAAAGUCUGGAUCACUUUGUUACCUUUUGUAAUAGAAAAUGGCUACUCAACUUUCUCCUCAAACUGCAUUAUUUAAAAUAUGAAGAACGCCUCGUAAAAGUGUACAGAUGCAUCGACAGUCUGUACAAAUUCGUCCGUGUGAUCAACAAGCAAAUUCUCGCACGGGUGGAACCCCCCUUCCGGUUGCUCCUCCUCAAUGCGCGCGUCAAACGGGAAAAACUGUUUGCGCAAAAAUUCAAGGCCACCAAAAAGACGCAGCUUAAAUUUAAGUACUCCAAGGCGACCUCCUCUUCGGCCCUGACGGGCCCCGACCCCAGCAGCCUCUGCAGGCGCUACCCCUACUUGUUUUGCAACUCGGACAUAUCUCCCGAGCGCACCACCAUGACUGAUGACAAAUAUUCCCUUCUCUCCAACGACUCCGCGUCCAAUAUCCUUUCUUACGCCUACGAAGACAUGGACAAAAUUAAGCGCAAAAUUCACGACUUCAACACCCGAAUGAACAACGUCAACUUGUAG